UAUCAUCAUCUGCCAAGGGUUAAUUUGUUCCACCAACCAUUUCAAUGCUUAUGUCAAUGUUAUUAUUAAUGUUUCAGUUGCAAGGGUUACACUUCAACUACAAAGUGACAAAUAUUGCUCGAGAAUUGGAAAAAAGGAUAAGGGCUGGUUAGACUCCGUCUUAGAAGGCUUAGUUGCAAUUCGAAUUCCAUCGCUAAUAGCAAUUGGAUUUAUUUUUCUAAUCAUUGUUGUGAUAAUUCUCAUUUAUUUUCUACGUGAACGAAAGAGAAUCCGUCUUUUUAAAAAUCUUCUUCACCUUGCUCACCUUUUGCCGUAUAAAAAAGAGUUCGAAUUUCCCAGAAAAAGACUGGAAGUUGGAAAGAGGCUUGGUUCUGGUGCUUUUGGUGAAGUUCACGAAGGAAUUGCAAUAAAAAUCUUAAAUCAUGAGCAGGAAACCAAAGUUGCCAUCAAAAAGGUCAACGAUGUGUCGAAUAAGGAAGAUAUAAACAUCUUAAUAUCAGAGCUAAAGGUCAUGAUGCAUCUGGGCCGGCAUUUUAAUUUGGUGAAUUUACUCGGAGCUGUCACCGAGAAUAUUGAACAAAGCGGACUAAUGAUCAUAGUUGAACUCUGUGAAUUUGGAGACAUUGAAAUAUUAUUGAGGAACAAUCGUAAAUAUUUCAUCGAUCAAAUUAAUCAUGAAAAUGAUACAAUUGAUGCAACAAUUUGCGCAAAAGAUCAAGGAGAUCAAGAAGGUCAACGGUCAUCCACUGAAUCUCUUGAAAAUGACGGCUAUAAAACCUUGACUAAACCUCAUCCGAUUACAACGAGUGAUUUACUUUGCUGGGCAUUUCAAGUGGCGCGAGGCAUGCACUAUUUAAUUUCUCAUAAUGUUCUACACAGAGACUUGGCAACCAGAAAUAUUCUACUGUGUGCCAACAAUGUUGUGAAAAUUUGUGAUUUCGGCUUGGCAAAAAGUUUGCACAACAAACCAUACUACCGGAAAAAUGGAGGAGAACGGGUUCCUUACAGAUGGUUGGCUCCCGAAUCUUUAAUCGAUCAAAAGUACAGUGUUCAUUCAGAUGUGUGGUCAUUUGGUAUCGUGCUAUGGGAACUAUUUUCACUCGGAUUAAUGCCAUAUUCGAAAUUAGAUGAUCCUUUUAACAAUUUGGCAAACUUUUUACAACGCGGCAACAGAUUGAGCAAACCAGAAUAUGCCACACAAUCCAUAUACGAUAUUAUGAUGUCAUGCUGGAACGCCGACCCCAACGCACGUCCAUUAUUCGACAGUCUUGCCAUGACAUUUUGCGAUCUUAUGAAACCUGAUGACCUAGAGGAAUUUAUCGAUUUAAAUAAAUCGUUUAUGGAAAAAAAUGCCGAAAAAUACAAAUCUGAAGAAAAUGAUUGUUUGGCCUCAGUUAAAUUGGAUGAAAACCCUGAAAAUGAUGAAAAUACAACACAGUCAUGCGUUGUUGAUGUCUUAUCUCCUGAAAACCCAAACGGAAACGCCGAAUGUGUGGUGGAAAUACCAUUGAAGACGAUUGUUUAAAUUGAAAGAAUACAAAUUUAUUAUUAUUUUAUUUGGGCGAUUAUUUUGUCGAGCAACUAUGAUUAUUGUCAAUUAUCGUUACCUGCUACAUUUAACCAUAGCUAACUUUAAUUGAUGAAAGUUAACAGAGGGUUAACUAAAAUUGAUUGCUCCAGAAUAAAAACAGUAUAUCAAUGCCAAACAAGACGUUUUUCACAAAGAUUUGUUUGAAUUACAAGUUACAACUUAAAUAUACUAAAAUAUUUUUCUUAAAUAAAAAGGCAUGGAACCGAAAUGUUGGGAAAAAACUGUUUUUUGGACAUUUGAAAUUUCUGCAUAGCGUUUGGUCAAGUUCUCACAGAACCCAAUUAUAAAUCAAUAAAAAAUUAUUUGAAUCUA